AUGCCUCCACAAACAACAACAACGGUAACUAUAGUCGCCAUUCCAACCUACUACCAAACCGGAUCCUAUAUCUUCAUUUACCCAAAGUCCCAAGAUGAGCGUCCAACCACAACAGCACGCUACAUAGUCCUCACUCCCGCCUCGACAGAAACCCUCACAACCCGUAACGCAGCCAUCGCCAAAGACGUCACAGACUGGGGUUGGCGCGUAUUUCAUACCGAUUCCUCUGCUCCCAACAUGAAAAAGUGGUUCAAAAAGUACGACAAAGCAGCGAAGAAGAAUACUUGGGAGGAAGACAUCUGGAGAAUCUGGCAGCGAGAACAUGGACUGAAGAUUGGGUGGGCGGAUAUGGAACGUAAGGAGAAGGAAGCGAGCGAGAAGGGUAAGAAAGGAAAGUUCGUACAUGGGGUAAAGAAGGCGGGAAUAUAUCUUGGAAAGUAUGGCGUAACGGUCUGUUCUGAUGAGCAGCGAUUGAGAAAGGAGGAGUCGGGCAAGGAGGAAGAGAGGAGGUGGAGGUUGGCGGACGACCAGAUUGUGGGCAUGUCUGAGGAUCUGCCUGACGAUCCUUUUGCGGAUCCUCCUACAGAGAGGGGUGGGACAAAAGAUGAGGGAGAUUUCAAGUCGGGCAACCUGAGAGGUGGCGGUGGUAUGGAUGCGAAGAAGAGCUCGCCUGAGAAGACUGCAGUAUAUGAUGUAGCGCCUUUGACUAGACACCCGUGGUUGCUAUUAGGUUGA